AUGAAUGCAUCGCUGUCUUCGAAUCAAAAAAUUAAUCUCAAUAUGAAUAAUCAAAAAAUUGGUAUAAAACCUCAAUGUCAACCAUCUAAAUUUCCAGCUAUUGCCAUUAAACCAAAACCCAAUAUUGCUCCAGCACCUAUUUCAAAUCAAAAAUCUUCUUUUGAUAUCAAUUCAAGAUGUUCUUUCAAACCCGACAUGUCCCUCAACAUAAACACUUCUAAAAAAUGGGUAUUACCUCCAAGACCAAGACCCGGUAGAAAACCCACUAGCUCAUCUCCUGUGACUGCUGCAAAAUCUCCUUCACUAAAUCCUCAAUCCCUGCAAGCUAAAAGUCCUCCUAAGAAAAAAGUAGGUAGAAAGAAGGAAGAAUUUAAAUCGAAAAAGACUCAAACUCCUCCAUUGAAUGCUUCUCCAACUACAUGUGCAAUGCCUAUAUCAGCUCCUAAGAAAAUCAACUUGGGUAAGCCUGCAAUACCUAUUAACCCAAAUCACUCGAAUGGUUCAUUACUCAAUCAACCAAGACCAAGACCUGAUACCAAGAUCAAUUCAUCCCAAGCACAAGAACCACCUCGAGCACAAGCACAAGAACCACCUCGAGCACAAGCCCCACCUCAAGUACCACUGCAAGUACAAGCACAAGAUCAAGUACAAGCGCAAGCACCACCGCAAGUGAAAGCACAAGACCCAGCACAGGUAUCAACACCAGCACCGCCACCAGCAGCGGCACCACCACAACCGAUUAGAGUAUCUGCGGUGACUCCAUUAAUGGGAAAGGUGGCCACCAAGCCAAUCAGUUCAAUAUCGGUUAAAAAGGAAGAGCCCAAAGAAGCAGUGAUGCCAAAGGGAGAACCUGCUAACGAAGAAGAUAAAAAAAAUAAAACUGGGAAUAAAAAGAAAACAAGUGAUAAAAAUGAUAUUGUUAAUUUACAAUCAACUUAUCUAAGUAAAUUAAAAGAACAAGAAUUGAUACGUAAUUAUAUUGAAGUUAUCAGUAAUCAAAUUAAAGAAUUAAGAUUUGUUCAAAAUGGAGUUAUAACGUUUGAUGCAUUAAACGAUGGGAAUAAAACGAUGGAACCACCGCCUACUCCUUCAACACCAAUAAGUAAUAGUCAAUCAAUGAUCUCGUCAUAUGAACAGUUAGAAAAAAUCAAUAAUAUAAAUGAUUUGAAUAAAUUUCUUGCAUAUUUAACCAAAAGUUCCAAUAUAAUUCAUAGUGUUACCAAAAAAUAUUUGAAUGGAGAUAAAAUAGAACCGGCAAAUGAAACUGAAGGAAACAAAAUAUUAGAAGAACAGAUUAAUUAUUAUUUAAAGAUUAAGUCGAAAUAUAAAUAUUUGAAAAAUCAAGAAGUUAAAUCGAUUGAAAAAUUGAAAAAGACCAAGAUUAAAAAUGAAGCAAAACAACCUAGUCCAACAAUGUUAUCACCAAUAAACUCAUUAAAUAACACCCCAGCACCAAUGAAUCAAUCACCGGGAGUUUUAUUUACUCCUAAUUUAUUGAAACCAAUUAAUUCAAAGAUUUAUAAUGAAGAAGACGUUAUUGGGUUUGAUAAUGAUAUUUUAGAAAAUGCCAAUCAAGAUAAUUUUUUCCAAGAUCAAAAUGAAAUAUUUCAAAAUUUAACUAAUGAAACUACAAAUAAAAAGAAAAAUUGUGGAUUCUGUACUAAUGAUACACCAUGUUUUUGUUUUGAAUUUGAUGAUAAUGAAUUGAAAUGA